UGAAUUUUCCUUUUCCUUUUAUCUCUUAUUGUCUACUUGGUAGGAUGGAAAAAGGUGAAGCUGACAUGUUGUUAUCCUCUUUGAUCCUCGAGAACCCAACACGUGUGAAAAUUCCAGGGAAGACCCAACUGUGUCUGGGAAUCGAGGAGGCAAAAUGUCUGGUUAUUAUAGUUAUUCCCAUGGUACUGACCGGUCUUGUGCUCUACUCUCGUUCUAUGGUCCCCAUGCUCUUCCUAGGACGUCUGGGUGAACUGGCUCUAGCCGGCAGCGCGCUUGCUGUCGGGUUUGCAAACAUUACAGGAUACUCUGUUCUGUGCGGUCUGGCCAUGGGAAUGGAACCCAUCUGCGGCCAAGCUCUUGGGUCCAAAAGCUACAAGCUUCUCGGACUGACCCAUCUACAAUUUGUGCAGGGAAUGGAACCUGUCUACCACCGAAAGCAAUCUCCUCCUUUCUCACGCCUUUCAUUUCGAAUUUUCAACGCACAGCGAAAGGCGUCCAUUGCAGCCACAAAUUCUCCUCCUUUUCAGGGUCAGUCCGAGAAGCUUGUAGCUUUUGGACCCAAAAGCUUGGCCGCAGAUGGGUUCCAUUCCCAUGGCCAGACCGCACAGAACAGAGUAUCCUGUAAUGUUUGCAAACCCGACAGCAAGCGAGCCGUCGGCUAGAGCCAGUUCACCCAGACGUCCUAGGAAGAGCAUGGGGACCAUAGAACGAGAGUAGAGCAGAUGACCGGUCAGUACCAUGGGAACAACUAUAACAACUAGACAUUUUGCCUCCUCGAUUGCCAGACACAGUUGGGUUUUCCCUGGAAUUUUCACACGUGUUGGGUUUUCGGGGAUCAAAGAGGAUAACAACAUGUCAGGUUUACCUUUUUCCAUCCUACCAAGCAGACAAUAAGAGAUAAAAGGAAAAGGAAAAGGAAAAUUCAGGGGACUGGAAACUUUGGAAGUGGAGAAAUUGAGGUGGGCAAUUGGGGGAAAAAUGCAUUCAGCAGCCUUUGGAGAUAGUCUGACUAUAAAUGGAGAAUUUGAGGAAGAAUGAAAAUUGUCCCCAAAUCCCUUAUUUGAAAAUUCUUGGAAAGAAUGCCACCGUCCUUUUUUGACCGACAAGGAUUUGUCACUAUUGGGAGUCUAUCUAGCAAUCAACAAUCACAAACUCCAACGUAACAAAGCUUGAUCCUUGUUACUCCUCUUGCAACUGUAUCAUCUCGAUUUAUAGGCUCGAGUUUUCACUUUUAUUAUUUUUCUAAUUACUUACGGUUUGAGCCUUUGAGUUAACAUUGCACGCAACUUGGGAAUCUUUUUAAAGAAAAAUAAUUUGUUGUU